AUGCCUGCCCGCCAUCUGAAAUCCAGGUCAGACAACGUGGCCGUCUCCACCACUCCCCAAAUUGAUGUCAGUUCAGUCGUCAAGGGUGUGAUAGACGAUGUCCGACAGAAUGGCGAUGCAGCCGUACGCAAGUACUCUGAGAAGUUUGACAAGUGGUCACCGGCUUCGUUCAAGCUAUCCCAGGCGGAUAUUGAUGCCGCGAUCGCGGCCUGUCCCCAGCAGACCAUCGACGACAUUAAGGAGGUCCAGAAGAAUGUGCGUGCAUUUGCACAAGCUCAGCGCGAGUCUCUGAAGGACUUUGAGUAUGAGAUUCAACCUGGCGUUGUUCUGGGCCAGAAGAAUCUUCCUAUUAACUCUGUCGGCGCAUAUAUCCCUGGUGGACGCUAUCCUCUGCUUGCCUCCGCCCACAUGACCAUCUUAACUGCCAAAGUUGCCGGCGUGCCACACGUUGUGGGUUGCACUCCACCCAUCGCUGGCAAGGUACCUCACGCCACAAUUGCAGCCAUGCACCUUGCUGGAGCCGACGAGAUAUAUCUCCUUGGUGGUGUUCAAGCGAUCGCUGCAAUGGCCGUUGGUACCGGGACAAUGAAAAAGGUGGAUUUCAUCGCGGGACCCGGAAAUGCUUUCGUCGCCGAGGGAAAGAGACAGCUCUUUGGCGAGGUCGGGAUUGACCUCUUCGCCGGACCGACAGAAAUCUUGAUUGUGACAGACGAUACGGCGGAUCCUUUCACCGUCGCUACUGACAUCCUCUCCCAGGCUGAACACGGCCCUGACUCUCCCGCUGUGGUAAUCACUACGUCGGAAAGAGUAGGCCGGAAAGCCAUCGAGAUCAUCAAUGAACUGCUCAAACAUCUUUCAACUGGGGACGUGGCAAGUGUUUCGUGGGAGCGAUUCGGCGAGGUGAUUGUUGUUGACACAAUUGAUGAAGCUUGGAAAUUGGCAGAUGAAUACGCCAGUGAACAUGUUCAGAUCUUUACGAAACGGCCUCGGGAUGCAUUGGACAAUAUGACAGCAUAUGGAGCGCUCUUCUUGGGUGAGAAGACGUGUGUUUCUUACGGGGAUAAGGUGAUUGGAACCAACCACGUGCUCCCUACUAAGAAAGCAGCUAGAUAUACCGGUGGUCUCUGGGUUGGAAAGUAUCUCAGAACAGUGACAUAUCAGGAGGUGGAGAGUAGCAAGGCUAGUGGUGAACUGGGAAGGCUCUGUGGACGAGCAGCUAGAGCAGAGAACUUCGAAGGCCAUGCUCGGUCUGGGGAUUUACGCGCACAGAAGUAUCUGGAUGAUCAGUAUGAUUGGAUCAAGCUGUAUCAUGAUGAGAAUCCCAAGGCAUAUAGAGGAAAUCUGUGA